CAGCGCAGCCGGGUAAUGUAACUUCCGUGUUAGACGACAUUGGGGGAGAGUCUACUAACAGCUCGAAAUAUCGACAAAAAAUUAUCAUAACACGCAUGGCACAGUCAUCAUGUAAAUGUUAUUGUAGUGUUCCCUGUUGUUCAAACAACAAAAAGAAGUUUCCUUAUCUGAGUUUCCACGACUUUCCAGUGGACGAAGAAAUACGUUCCCGUUGGGUUAGGGCGAUAAGAAGAGAUGAGGGACUUGGUUUUAAAAUACUUCGAGGGAGCACCUAUGUAUGUAGCCAACACUUUGCCCCAGAGGAUACAUACACAACACCCAGCAGUGGACGAACCAGGAUAAAAAAGGGAGCAGUGCCAUCUAGAUUUCCCUGGAAUGACUGGGGUAAAGGAAAAGGGUCACAAGCUCGGCAGUCAGUUUACCAGAGAGCAAGGAAACGUUUAAGGCCUGCUGUCCUUGAUGAAUCUCAGGAGAUGCUUGUUCCAGGAGACAUCACAGAGGAGGCCCUGCCUGUGGGUGGAGUGACAAAAGAUCAUGACUAUGCCUACCAUCCUUCUCCUGGUAAACUGGAUGGCGCUGCACAGAGAAUCCAAGAGUUGGAGCUUCAGGUUUUGUCACUAGAGCUUGAAAUCCAGCAGCUGACCGUUAAGAAGCAGCAGCCUCUGAUUUUCAAGUUCUGCGUCACAGAUGAGGACUUUCGUUACUACACUAGGUUCAGCUCAAAGGAGGUUUUCACUGUGUUUUGGGAGUCAGUUUACCCCUCUGCUUCACGCCUUUUGUACUGGUCCAAGGCACAACGAACAGCACAAGAGACACCUAGCCCUCAGCGAAAACUUCAGCUCAUUGAUGAACUGUUCAUGUUUCUCUGUCGUGUUGCAGCCGGGCUUCAGGAGAAAACCUUGUCGUCCAUCUUUGAGGUCAGCUUGUCUACAGUUAGCCGCAUCAUCUUAACAUGGACAAGCUACCUUUACCAGGUUCUUGGCUCGCUACCAUUGUGGAUGACAAGAGAGCAAGUGCAGGCCACAAUGCCUGACAAGUUCAAGCUCUACUGCCCUCAGCUGAGAGUGAUAAUCGACUGCACCGAGAUUCGUUGUGAAACAGCAUCUUCUCUUUUGCUACAGUCAGAAACUUUUUCCAACUACAAAAAUCACACCACCUUUAAAGGUCUAAUUGGCAUUGCACCAUGUGGGGUUAUCACAUUUAUAUCAAAAUUGUACACAGGCUCCAUCUCGGAUAUAGAAAUAACUCGGCAGUCACAGAUCUUACAGUUACUUCAACCAGGAGAUGGAGUAAUGGCUGACAAGGUGUUCCAAAUUGAGAAGAUGCUGUCAGAGGUGGGGGCAACACUAAUCAUCCCUCCACUGAAGAAAUCUAACCAGCUCAGCAUGGAGGAUACCCAGAAGACCCAGGCUAUUGCCCGUCUUAGAAUUUUAGUUGAGAGGGCCAUAUGUAGGGUGAAGGAGUAUCAUAUUUGGGAUGGACAUGUUCCUCUUUCUAUGGUAGGCUCAGUCAAUCAGCUGUGGGCCAUCUGUUGCAUGUGGUGCAACUAUCAGGGACCUCUUGAUAUCAAAGGGGACAAACCCAUCUGA